AUAAUAUACACGUUUCAACCAUUAGUUUCUUUUUAGAGAGAAGAGAGAAAGGGGUUAAGCCCUUGCGUUUCUCAUGAACUGUGGAGUCGUGCUGGGGUUCUAUUGUUGGGGUUGGGAGUUCUUAACUGCCCUUCUUCUAUUCUCUCAUUAUCAUCCUUGAUCUUUCUUCUUCCUACUUGUUUCUUUUUUUCUAAGUAAAUAAUCAAGCAAAACGCUUUGUUAAUUUCUUUGUUUCUUUUCAUGUUAUACAAUAACUCCAACAUGGAGGGUAUGUGUGAAAAGGGUUUGUUAGAAUAUGUGAGGAAGUCAAGCCCACCACCUUUCUUGCUCAAGACCUACAUGCUGGUGGAGGAUCCGGUGACAGACGACGUGAUAUCGUGGAACGUGGAAGGGACGGCCUUCGUGGUGUGGCAGCCGGCGGAAUUUGCCCGUGAUCUCCUCCCAACACUUUUCAAGCAUAGCAACUUCUCUAGCUUUGUCCGGCAGCUCAAUACCUAUGGCUUUCGUAAGGUUGCAACAAACCGAUGGGAGUUUUGCAAUGACAUGUUCCGAAAGGGUGAAAAAGAGCUACUAUGUGAAAUUCGUCGCAGAAAAGCAUGGUCCAACAAGCAGCAACCGGUUGCACCAACCCAAUCUGCACCUCAAGAGUUUGAUGAAGAUCAAAGGUCAUCAUCAACUUCAUCAUCUUCAGGGUAUAGUACCCUUAUUGAUGAGAAUAAACGUCUCAAGAAAGAGAAUGGAGUCUUGAAUUCUGAGCUUUUGAGCAUGAAAAAGAAGUGUAAGGAGCUACUUGAUUUGGUGGCCAUGUAUGCACAUCCAGAGAAGGAAGAGGAAGAUGAGAGACCAAAGUUGUUUGGAGUGAGAUUGGAAGUUCCAGGAGAGAGGGAGAUGAAGAGAAAGAGGGCAGAGAUUCGUGAAAGCGCAAGCAUUUUACUGUCUCAAUCAUGCAAAUGAAUUCCAUGUAGAGUAAAAUAUCAAUACAGCUACUAAAAAUUAAGUAGCUUAGACUAUCUUAACGAGACAAAACCAAUAUAUAGCUUAGACUAAGAUGUAAAACAAAUUAUGAAGAUGGUUCAUGCAACAUAUGUAAAUUGUUAUGUACUCUUAAUUAAAAGGGUGACAAAACAGGCACAAGCUUGUUAAACUGGUAUGCAUAUAGUACAACAUGCCUCCAUUGGUUAUAAAUAGACUAUGUUUUCAUGAUUAAA